AUUGAAUCACCCCCAUCUCUCUUUUGCUGAUUUCCCCCUCUCUUCCCUUCAUCUUCAACUUUUUGCAGUAUAGAUGUGUAGAAUCAAUCAUCUUUGUUUCACAAAUUAAGUCUUGUUAUGGCUUCAGACGCCACGUCAGCGAGUCCCGAGGCCCGCGAGCUCAGUUUAAUAUCCAAAGUUGAGCUAAGAAUUGCUCUGGCUGAUACGGAUGAGAAGCUUCAAACUCUUCUUCACACUUAUUUGGCUCCUUUACUGUUGAAGCUUGGGUCCGAAAGCCUUGCGGUGCGCAACAAAAUAAUCGCCGUGUGUCAGCACAUCAACACACGAGUUCAAGCCCCGUCGAUUCAACUGCCUGUUGCAGCCUUGCUGAAGCAGUUCAAGGAGCAAAAAUCACAGCUCAUCAGACAUUUUGAUUUGGUUUAUUUGCAGCAAGGCAUCGACCGUCUCGGUUCGAGUGCAAGAAUCGAGAUUCUGCUUCCUUUGCUUCAGGGAAUUUCGGAGAUUGGCACGUCGGUCAACCAAGGUGCCAUCGUUUUCAAUCUGGUCCUGCGACUUCUGCCCCUGUUAAAGCUACCGCCAAAGGGAAGUGAAGAUGAUGUACAGCUUAAGUCUCGGCUUGGUCUUUCCGAUCGGGAUACCGAGUUUUUAUCUUCGUGGUUCGAAAAGUUACUUCUUCUCUUACCCGCCGACAAGAACUCAGCAACCUGUCCUGGACUGUCUUCAGAAGCUUAUACCUUUUUAAACAAGGACGCUCCUAUAGCUGAAACAUGGAAUCCCUCUGCAAAUGGCGGGCUGAAUCUUACCGAGACCAAGGUUAAUGCCUUGAGAUUUAUCGCCAGUGGGGCCUUUACUGAUUCAGAACGGUUUCUCCCGGCUCUUAUUGCAUCUGCAGAUGCGAAUUAUCGCCUGUCUGAUCUUGGUGAAGAGAUUCUAAAACGGUUUAUUCCAAAUCUAGAAGACCCCAAUGUUGUCCUGCAAUUGUACAACCUAUAUCUCGGAAGUGAAGGGCCUGAUGGCGCACCUCCUGCCCGACCUUCUUUGCAGGUGAGACUCUUAGUCUUUCUUGGUAAAUCAGUCAAAGCGACAACGGAUACUGGAAAGAUCAUUCGAUUGAUCGAAGAAGGCCUUCUAUCAGACGCCGCAAGGUCAUCACAGGGACUGCAAGCAUCCAAAUUAAGAAGCCAGAUCUUUACGUUUACUACAUGGGUGGUUCGAAUGGGCUCUCCUUCUGACCUAAAACAAAUGGCUCCGAAAGUCAUCGCAGGUCUGAAGGAUUUUAUCCAGUCUCAAGGCUGGCCGAGUCCCGCGGCAAGCGGACAGAGGCUACCUGCAACAGAUAUUAGUCUGCGAGGACUUGCUUACGAGAGCAUUGGUAUUCUGGUUCCUAAAGUUGACUUCCAGGUGCAAGAUCAAAACCAGGAGUUCUCGGAAAUCCAGCUUAUCCAAUGGCUUUUCACGUCUUUGAGCUCUGAUGAUUCGAGUCCUCAGAUAUUUGUAAGCGUCGAGCAAGCCUUGGGAAGCAUUCUCAACUCCUCGCUGGAUAGCUGGGAUACAAGGUUCCAAGAGCAGAUUCGGCCAUUCUUAGUUCAUCAGAUGAACAGUGAACCCGGACAAGAAGACUCCAUAUCAGGGUUUAGAAUUGCUCGAAGCCCUCAAUAUGCCGCUGUGCGGUUUGCCAAUAGAUUCUUACCCUAUAACGAUGUUUCAGCUCGCUGGAUCGACCUUAUAGCUGUUGCACGUGGGUCGGAAAGGCGACAAGAGGUUGUGGAGGAAGGCAAGAAAGGACUUCACCCUUACUGGUACCGACUUCUCAACCCCACUAAGGACAAGCAGUGGAUUUAUUCCCCAUCAGAUGUUUCAGAGCAUACCUCAUGGUACAAAUUCCCGACCUUCUCCGAAGCCACUCGGUUUUUGCUUGGCUCAUCAGGUUCUACUGGGGCUUCCACGGUGGAGGGGCUGUCUGCAUCAGACAUAUUAUCGGGACCUUAUAAGAAGGCCCUCGCGCCUGCAAUUGCAUUCCUUCGAAACAUCCUUCUCUGGGAAUCAUAUUCAAAGUUUGGGGUCACCGCUGAGAUAGAACAAGACUGGGAGGAUAGACUCGACGUGCUGCUUACAACCGACGAACAAGCACGAUCUGCCUUAAAGCAAUAUAUCCAGGUCUCUGAUAAGGAAGCUGUAUUUAUACUUUUGAAAAGUGCUUUGAGUGGCAUUGUUUAUGAGAAUCAAGAGGGUCUGCAACAAUGUGGUGCACAUUUUGUUAGCAUUUGCUCUUUGGCAUCGAAUGAUAUAGUCGGGGCAAUUGUCCCACGCACACUCGCAUUGAAGACUCCCUUGAGCAGCAAUGAUCCAGAAAUGCAAAACACAGCUGCGCGAGCGAUCGGAAUACUUGCCUCCCAUCCUGCAUUUGCCGAAGGGGACCUCGCAGCUUUUAUUGGGGAAUUAUCCAAUUCCGUCACUUUGUGGAAUACAGCUAUUGGUGAGGCUGUACUCCGGGUCCGAGGAGCAAUUCUAGCAGAGUCAUAUUUAUUUAGCAGGCUUGCUUUCCGCAAAGCACUGCACAAAGUUCCUGAAACGCAAGUAAAGCAGUUCAUUGGCACGAUCUUUGAUAUAAUUGAAGUCGCACGCGAUUCCCUUCUCCGACGGACUGCACACGUCGCAAUCGGUCAACUCAGUCUUUCAGGAAUCUUGUCUCAAACUGUUCUCCCCGAAACUGGCUGGAAGACCAUCAAAGAUAAGCUGACACAGGAUGCCAAGACAGAGAGCGAGGUGCCGAUUAUAGCAAUGGGAUAUCUUUCUCUGACCUUUUCACGGGAUAAUCCCAAUGAUACGCAGUUUCAAGAGAUUUUGAAUGCACUAUAUGGGUUACAUGAGAUCCGCAGCCCAGAAGUUCAUUUUUCAGUCGGUGAAGCAUUGGGUGAUGCUGCAAUUGGAUGGGGCUCUAAGUCACUUAUUCGAGAGCUCGACAUUGAUGAAGAAUACCCCAAGUCAACCAUAUCGACCACGGUCCUGGCCGAUAUGGCUGACAAGAUCAUCGCUGACUGCAGAGCAUCCAAGCCCUCUCUCAGAAAAGCUUCCGCCAUCUGGCUAUUAUGUCUGGUCAAGAAUUGUGGCCACGCACAAGAAAUGCAAGAUCGUCUACGAAAGUGCCAGGCGGCCUUCGCGGGUCUACUUGGAGAUAGGGAUGAAGUGGUACAGGAAUCUGGAGCUCAAGGGCUUGGCCUUGUCUAUGAGAUGGGAGAUCGGGAACUAAAAGAUGACCUUGUGCGCGACUUGGUUAACUCUUUCACAGGAAACAACUCUGGUCUCAGAGGAGGUAGGGUAAACGACGAUACCGAGCUCUUUGAGCCUGGGGCCCUGCCAACCGGAGAAGGUUCUUCCGUCAACACCUAUAAAGAUAUCAUGAACCUUGCUGCCGAAGCUGGUGAUCCCACGCUAGUGUAUCGUUUCAUGUCCUUAGCUUCCAACAACGCCAUCUGGUCGAACCGUGCGGCUUUUAGCAAAUUAGGUAUCAGUAACAUUUUCUCUGAUUCGAGUGUCAAUGGCUAUCUAGCCAAGAACCCCAAAAUCUAUCCAAAAUUGUUCCGUUAUCGAUUUGACCCGAAUCCCAAUGUGCAGCGAUCCAUGAACACAAUUUGGCAUACUUUGGUCAAGGAUCCUACGGUGGUGGUUGAUACUCAUUACGGCGAAAUCAUGGGAGACCUGUUGAAGAGUAUGCUGUCGGGCCGGGAGUGGCGAGUGCGACAGGCAAGCUGUGCUGCUAUCUCGGACCUGAUCCAGGGCCGCCAGCCGGAAAAAUACACCCAAUACAUGGAUGAGAUCUUUACGAAGGCAUUCAAAUUGUUAGAUGAUAUCAAAGAGACAGUCCGAGUGGCAGCUCUUCGACUUUGUCAGACGAUCACGAACGCAGUUAUCCGCAUUCUGGAAAUUAGUGACACGGAAACCAAACGAGCGAACACCAUGUUGGGAACUGUGAUACCGUUUCUACUCAGCGACAAGGGAAUGGAAUCCGGCGUUCAAGAGGUUCAGGGAUUCGCUAUUGGAGCUUUAGUGCAGAUGAUUAAGAAGAGUCCCAGCAGGUCGCUACGCCCAUUUGUGCCUCACGUGUUGGAGCAAUUUCUCAACUCUCUCAGCUCUCUGGAGCCGCAGGCCGUCAAUUACGUCCAUCUUAACGCUGAUAAGUAUGGAAUGACUGGUCAGGAAAUCGACAAGAUGAGGUUGUCGAGUAUCCGGACAUCGCCUAUGAUGGAGGUGAUUGAGCGGUACCUGAUUGAUAUUCUGGACGAUGACAGUACUAAGGAAUUUGCGAUCAAGUUGGAGGGCGUGCUGCGUUCUGCUGUCGGGCUCCCCACGAAAGUUGGGUGUAGCCGUGUGUUGGUUCUCCUCAGCAUGAGGACAGUGCUGUUCCGUCCUUAUGCGGAUCGUUUCAUCCAGGUCCUUAGUAAAUAUGUUGUCGAUCGAAAUGACACUGUCAGCGCAUCUUACUGUACAUCCAUCGGCUAUCUCAUCCGCCUAGCUUCCGACGAUCGGGUUCUGAAGACGAUUGAAUACGCAAAGAACCUUUACAUGACGGCUGAAGAAGCCAAUCAGCGAGUUAUAUCAGCAGAAAUACUUCAUUCGACUGCAAAACUCUCCAACGACCGGUUUAUGUCAUUCGCUACUACCGCGUUGCCUUUUGUCUUCGUUUCCAAGUAUGAUACUGACGAACACGUAAGAGAGGUGUUUGAGAAGACCUGGCAGGAAAACGUGGGUGGAUCGCGUGCGGUAUCACUGUAUAUCAAGGAGAUCCUCGGGCUUGUAUCGGUCAAUCUGGAAUCGCCGCGUUGGGCUAUUAAGCAUACAGCUGCGCAUGCAAUCGCCAACGCGAUCAUGUCGCUAGACCCUGAGAUCGAUUUAGCAACCAGCGAGAAAGUCUGGCCGACUCUGGAGAAAGCCUUGGCUGGAAAGACAUGGGACGGUAAGGAGGUUGUGCUCAAAGCGUUUGUGAAGUUUGCGGGACAAGCCAAGAAACUGUGGCAUGAAAAGCCACAGAUUGGUGAUUUGAUGAAGGUUAUUGCAAUCCGGGAGGCGAAACGGAACAAUGCCGCCUAUCGGCCAUUUGCCCUCACUGGGUUAGGGGGAAUCGCACAAGCGCGCAAGGAUCUUGAUCUCAUGCCAGAUGCGCUGAGCAUUGUGACUCGAGUGUUAGCUGAGGUCCUCGAAGAUGACGGAGACCGGAUGGAUAUCGACUCUGGUAGCGGUCACAAAUCGGGUCUAGACGAUACAUUGGCAGCCUGCAUCAAAUGUCUUAUGCAAUGCAUCAACCCCGCGGCCCAUGAAUCUGGAGCCAUGAACACGUACCUGGCAGAUAUGACCCCGGUGGCCAGCAAGGCGCUAAAGAACGGAGGGCGCAAUGUGCAGACAACACUAUACGAAGAACUGCGGAUUCUUUUUACAAGGCUAGCUGAGUGGAUAUCACAACCGGAUAGUAAACUGCAAGAGCCCUUGGCGGCGCUAGCGGAUGGGCUACUCUGUCGUGAGAUAGACACAUCCGUGGAAGCCAUCCGUAAGGAACACGCACAGGCGGCGGCUGCAUACGUGACUCUAGGUCAGCAGACAGGGUUCGGGGUGAGCGAACAAUUACAAGAAUCGAUCAAGGCCUGGAGAGAUGGAGAGAGAUCGGGGACAGUGCAGCAUUUUCUGGACCAGGCACUGGCAAAGCUCAUACCACAGUGAGAUCUGAGCAUCAUAUCCAUCCACGUGGUAGAUCAAAGUUUAUGUUAGUUUAUAAGAGCAUAUUUGGAAUUUUUAGCAUGGAUGGCAGAUUAUGGUGGUGGUGGUGGUGAUGAUGAUAAUGAUGGGACUUUAGCUUGAGAGGCUUUCGUUCUAGGUUGUGAUGUUUUUUUUUUUUUUUUUUUUUUU